AAUUACUUUUACUCCAUCUUUCCCUAGUUUCAAUAAUGAACAAAGACAGACUGUUGUUCAUAGGUGGAGAGGCAAAGCCUUCACAGCGAUUAAACCACUCAAGAACUCAACGAAGGGCCAACAGGAGAUGGAGGAGAGUGUGAGAUUGAAGACUAGACUCAUGGGAAGGAAAGUUCAACGGUAACCCUUUGAAAGGGUUUCGAUUUUUUGAAAGAUUUUAAACUUAUUUUUUUUUACUAAGAUUUGGUGGUUAUCAAAUUUUUUGAAAAAUAUAGUUAAGACCUACAUUGAUGCCACCUUAUUUUUUUAAUUUGUGAAUGUAAUGUGUGUUGCUGUCUUUCGCCACUGUUCAUUAGGUUCAGUUGUAUGAGUAAGAAAUCGUACGUAGGUAGCUGUAUCCUCCAUAUUGUCUUGUUUCCUUCAUAGGACGAUAUAUUUAUUGGGAUGAUCUUUUAAGGUGAAUGACCAUCUGCUUUUUAUGUUUCUACAAUAAAUUUGGAGCAGUGUACUUUGGAUUUGAAUUUUCUGCCAUCUUGUCUAUUGUCUUGUGUUGGUGAGUGACAAUUAAUGAUGCAUUAAUUAGACAUUGCUUUUAAAUUGACUGAAGAUUGUGCAUAUGCAGCAUGUUUUAUAUGUCAUGGAAUAAAGAGAGUUGAAUCACAUUAUAAACAUUAAGAUUGGAGUUGUUGUAAUUACCUCAUGUUAUCAACAGUUUUUUUCUCUUGCUUUCAAGCACAAGCGGAAGAACUUCCUCUUGAUGAAGGAAGGGCGAAGGCAAUUCUUUUGUUUGAAUAAUAGUACUCUUGAGGAAAUAGCCAAACAGAUGGGGAAACGUCACUUUGAUUUUAGCCUAAAUGCGUGCGAUGGAAAUCUCAAGUGGACUAGUGAAAUGCAUCUAUCUCUCAAAGGACAGGAUCUUAAGAGUGUUCUUCCAUCGUCUCUAGCAAAGUUACAUUACGUAAGUGAUUUAAAUGGAAAUAGAUCUCAGUUGCUGAACCUAAGUAGCAUGACAAACAUGGAAAUAUUGAUAUUGAGAUGCUGGAGGAUUUCUGAUUCUAUAUCAGAAAUGUCCAAAUUGAGGCAUCUAGAUCUCAGUUUCAACGAUUUGGAAGGUGAUAUACCAUAUCUCAAAGGACUAGAUCUGGAGAAAAUGGGGCAAAGUAUACUGAGGAAUUUUGACAUCACGGUUGAAGUGUGUAGGGUUGAUAAGGCCCUUAAAAAAGAAAUAAAAUACGUCAAUGUCAGUAACAUAACAUUAGACAUUCGUUUCCAAUAUGCUCGAAAAGCUACAACAGCAGUCCCAAGUAGAGGAUCAUAUGGCCCUUUAAUAUCAUCUAUUUCUAUGGUGUCUGAUCUGAAUCCUCCAUUUGGUGACAAAAGCAAGAAAACUAUUGUCAUUGUUGUGGUGGCUGGAAAUCACAUAAAGAGUAGCGAAGACAUGCUUGGGAGAAAAUGAGCUGAAAUGUUUUGCUGAAACUGGAGAACCGGAUACAUUCAUCAAAGAAAAAAAAAAGUCAACUAAAGAGAACACCACAGCACAAUAACACCUUUGCCAUGGUGCGGUAUGUAAUGAUUGAUAUGAAUACCAGAUAGAGUCCAAAAAUGAUUACUUGGAAGGUACACGAAGGAGUCGCCACCACAACUGUAUAAUCACCUCACCAUGACGUGUUGGUGUGUAUUUUGGAAACUCUAUAAAUACGAACCUCAUUCAUUAUCCGAAGGAUACAACGAUUAUCAUUCGAACUUUGAUGACCAAAGAACCCUAACCCUGUGGAGACUAGAGAUUGAUAUUGGAUCAAGAUUCGAAGAGAUCGAUAUUGGAGCAAGAUUUAAAGAGAUUGAGUCAAAAUGCAUUUAAUCAUUCAGUUUUGCUUUGUUUAAUUAUGUUUAAUUUACUUUGUUUUUAUCUAUUUUUCUACUUUAGUUAUGGGUAAAAAAACUCUUUACUUUUGUUUAGAGUAGAUAAACAUCAAGAUUAUGCAUUGAUUUCAAUGUUAUUGG